CAACGUCUGGUCUCAUUUGGUAACACAAACACAGCUGUGGCGUUCAGAUUAAAUUUCAAGUUAUAGUUUAAAGUCCGGAUUUAUAACCAAUCUAAGCAUUCGUAAUGGAGCCAAUGACCCUAGGCAGUCCGGUUAAUAGCCCUGGCUCAAACCAAAGCCAAUAUUUGCCGCCUUUCCUCCUGGGCGAUCCACAAGGAUUGACGCCACACAAGAACACGCUAUCUCCGAAACCUGGUCGUUAUAAUGUUAGUUUUGCUACCUCACCUAGUAGUCCGCACGAAUUCAAUCGGUCUGCACUGAACAAUCGUUCUUUGUUCGGUGCUCAAGGAGGACCACAAGGUGGACACAACAUAUCACAGACUGGCGCCAAUACAACAACUCCAAGCCACGCUCACAUCCACCAUCAGGCCGGACCGCCUACCCAGGGACUCUUUGAUUCACUACGAGAACAGCCCGCUACACCGCAGCGCAAUCAUUUCAGCAUGCUACAGAUGCAGUCGCCGAAUCAAAGCUACCAAAGCAGUUAUCAGGCCAACGAUUCGUUUGCACCCAACGCCAUCAAUGCCUCGAUGCGCAACCUAUACUCGCCGCAUGGAGAUACUGCCUCGUCAGGAAUUUUGGGUACCACAGAAACAUCAAGGGGCAACCCUAGCCGCAACGACUUUUGGGUGACCAUCUUUGGCUUCUCGCCCGGAGCCAGUUCCAUGGUGCUACAGCACUUCACCCUCUGCGGUACCAUUGUUGACGUUAUACAUGCCCCGCAGAACGGCAAUUGGAUGCAUGUGCGUUUCUCCUCGCGUAUCGAGAGCGACAAGGCCCUUAACUACAAUCACAAGAUACUUGCCGGCAAUGUAAUGGUGGGAGUGACCCGUUGCACGGAUCGCACGGUACUCGACAAGGAGAACAACAGCGGGCUGGCCAAUGUGGACGAACCGGUUCAAGGAACCAAAAACUCUUCGGUCUUGCCAUUGGUUCAGCAGUCGUACAAGCUGGCCCGCAAUGAAAACACUAUAUCGCCAACAAAGGAUAUGCCACAGAAAAGUUCCGGGCUAGUUGACAGGGCCAUGGAUCUUAUAUUUGGCUGGUGAAAAAGGAAAAAACAAACGGAUGGCUUUUCCGGCUACUUAUAUUUAAUAAUUCACUGCGUACAUCCAGCAUACAUACAUACAUACUUAUUAAAAAGAGAUAUAAUAGCAA